UAGGAGCUCCUUUUUAAUGAGGAAAAUUAUUUUCAAAGUUAAUGAAUUUGUAAGCAGAAACACUGCUGUCUUCCAGAAUGAACUGCCCACAUUCCUUACAUACAUAUUUUAGUUAAACACGCUAAUGAACGUUGGUACUUAAAACAUGUGGGAUUGAUUUCCCUGGUAAAGCGAACUUCCCUUUGUUUUUAGACAGUAUAAAAAGACCACAGUUUCCCUUCUUAUAGACAUCAAGCUGCACAUACAAGCUUAAUUCCGGAGUUUGGAUGAAAUGGAAGUUAUUUCAUCAAAAUUCGUUUUAUUGACCUUAGCCACUUCAAGCUUGUUAACACCAAACAUCUUCUGUGCAGAUGAAUUAACGAUGUCCAAUCGUCACAGCAAAGAAAAUUGUGACGAAUGCUCUGAAGCAAGCUCUUUAACUCUAACAUGACCCGCAGUAACUGCAUAUUUGUCCGGAAAAAGAAGUUUCAGCUUUGAAGAAUUAAAAGAUUGGCGUCCGAAACACGUCAGGAAGAUGAGCACACCUGCAGUCAACAUAAUGCCAUGCUCAGCAGCCAACUUGACUUUGAGACUUGGGAGGCCCAUGGAAGAAGAAAGCACUGGAGCAAUGGCCAGCCUGCCCCUGGGAUUUGGAAGAAAUAUAGAGGAAAGCAUAUUGAGGCCUGUUCCUAAUCUGCCCCAAAGUUCUGUGAGAAUAGCAGCCAAAAGUGUCACCAAGACACAGAGCGAUGUACUCCGAGAGCCCAUGCAUUCACCAUCAGCCAAUGAGUUGCUUUACUCCACGACCUUCCAGCCCUGAGAAAUCCAGAACCCUGAUCAAAAACACCCACGGUAG